UAACAUAUGCAGACCUGGAAUUUAAUAAAUGCUAUGCACUGGAAAAUAUCCCAAAGCCUGCUGCUCCUGAGGAAAAAGAUUAAAUUCUAAUUCCCACCUGACUGGGCUUAUAGUUUUUUUCAUCUUUGUGAAGCUGGCCCUGUUGAAGUGCUUAGUGUGAUAAAGCACCAAACACAAGGAUAUAUGUAUUACUGGUCUGGAGCGGAAUCUGCUGUUUUUACCAGGACUCCCCCCUUCAUGUCCCACGUGGCGUUUGGCUGCCCUGACUUUCCUCACACUAUGCUUGGCAUUGCUGGUAGGGCUGUUAAUCCUGGGAAUCAUGUUUUUUCAGGUUUCCAGUGACUUCCAGCAGCAGAUUAGGAACCUCAUGAAGAAACAGGAAACUCUGCAUACAAAUUUCUCAACAAGGUUGCAAGACAUGAAAGAUAAUUUGUGUCUUAAAGGGGAGGAAAAGAAUAAGAAUAAUGGUCCCAGUUGUAUACUCUGUCCUGUUAACUGGCAAUGGAUGGGAGGUGACACCUGCUUCUACAUUUCAAUGCAGAAGAAGUCCUGGGAAGAGAGCCGGCAGUUCUGUUCCUUACAGAAUUCCACCCUUCUCAUGCUAAAAGACAGGGAGAAACUGAACCACGUCCCUCCAAGAGAUAAGUCUCAAUAUUACUGGAUUGGUCUGCAUAAAUCUGAGAGUGCCGGCUGGCUGUGGGAGGAUGGCUCAGAUCUUUUGACAGAGAAAGCAGAUUGGAUUGGCUCGUAUCAAUUUUAUAGAUGUGGCUACCUGCAUGGACUGAUGAUUAGUAACCAUGACUACUGCACAAUGAAGCACUUCUGGAUCUGUGAGAAAGCAGUUUUCAAACUAAGCACAUGAGAGAGAGAGAGAACUUGAGAGGUGCCAGUACCCACAUGCAUUCUUCUGGAUUUGCAGGGUUCUCCAUGGAGGGCUCUGCUCUCUGAAAUGUACUGUCUCACUCAUCUAACCAAGGGUUGCCCUGCAUAUGUGUUGCAUUUGUGUCACUGGGCCAGAGCGGGCUGAUGUGGCAUUUUGUUGUCAAAAAUUGUGAUGGGUCUUAGAUGCAGAUUUUUAGUUCAGUUGCAUUUUGAACACGUUGUAUUGUACUCUUUUAAAAUGUACAUGCUGAGGUAUUGUAUAUUACUGCACAGGGAUAAAAUAUUGCAGGGGCCUUUCCUGUACUGUACAGGCACUUUGAUCUUUGGUGAGGUGUCAUUUAAAAAAUUGAAUAAAAAUAGUAUCUGUU